GCCGUGCAGUCGCGUUAGUGGAGGAAACAAACUUGUUGAUGUUGAGUUGGCAGUUUGGCUUCAACGCGAAUCCGACAAGCGAGGAUUUUCUCAAAAACUGCGCCUUAUAAGGAGGCAUAUUUAAUUUCCGCGAGGAAUAAACAUCCAGCCGACUGUUUAGCUGUUGUCCAGUUACCACACAGCGGCUUCAUAACGGUGCUCUGUGGGGGCGCCUCAACCUGGCGUGAGCAUCACUUUAACCACCUCUGAAUGUAUUUGUCUUCUUUUCCCUUUUAUCUCCAUUUUUAAGGCUAGGACUGCUAAUGCAGCGGCUACCAUGACACUAAGGAGAGUAAAUGUUGUAAUCCUCAUACUGCUGGCUGUGGCCUUCCUAAUUAUAGUUCAGCGAAACCUCCUGAAACUAAGCGACUUCUUACACAAGGAAAACUCAGAUGCAGAGCAGAUUCUCCCUUUCGAGGCAGAACUGUCUCCGCAAGCCAGGCUAAAGACGGGGGCGAAAGGGGAGGAGAUAUCUGUUCUCAUCACUGCCGCAGAGGACAGGCUCGGUGGCGUGAUCGCUGCCAUCAACAGCGUCCAUCACAACAGCAAAGCUAAUGUGGCCUUCACCAUUGUGACCCCGAAUGACACAGUGGAUCAUCUAAAGGCCUGGAUGAGUAACACAAAGUUAAAAGAAGUCAAAUAUAAAAUAGUUAUUUUCCAACCAGAGCUUUUAAAUGGGAAGAUACCAAAAGAUACUUCAAUGCUGGAUGCUGCAAAACCAUUGACCUUCGCCAGGUUCUAUCUGCCUGUGUACAUACCGGAUGCAGAAAAGGCGAUCUAUCUAGACGACGACGUUGUUGUUCAAGGAGACAUUCAGGAGCUUUAUGAGACCAGCCUGAAACCAGGUCAUGCAGCUGCCUUCUCUGACGACUGUGACUCUGCUUCUGCUAAGGGCAUCGUUCGAGGGGCUGGAAAUCAGAUCAACUACAUGGGGUUCCUGGAUUUUAAAAAGGAAGCCAUUAAAAAGCUGGGGAUGAGGGCAAACACAUGCUCCUUUAACCCUGGGGUCAUUAUUGCAAACCUGACAGAGUGGAAGAACCAAAACAUCACCCAGCAGUUGGAGCACUGGAUGGAGCUCAACUCUCAAGUCGAUCUGUAUAGUAGUACGCUUGCAGAAAGUCUUACCACGCCUCCACUUCUCAUCGUCUUUUAUAAACGACACUCCUCCAUCGACCCAAGGUGGCACCUGAGACACCUCGGAACUACAGGAGCUGGAAACCGCUACUCUGCACAGUAUGUGAGAGCUGCCAAGUUGCUGCAUGGGAAUGGACACUAUAAGCCCUGGAUGGGAACGUCCUCCUUCACAGAGGUCUGGGACCAGUGGUUCAUUCCUGAUCCCACAGGGAAGUUUCAUCCGGUACGAAGACAUGCAGACUGAGGAAAGACAGAAAAAAAAAAAAUCCUCUUCUUGGACCUGCAGAGUUCCCUAUGGAGUAAAACGUGUCUCCUUUCACCUCAGGAACUAAGCUAAACCUUUUCCUUCGCCAGCAGUCUUAUUCGUCAUCCUAUGGAUUUAUGGACUUUUUCUUUCAUUGACUUUAAUAGCAGUUUGAAACUCAAAGGAUUUUGGGUUUCUCAGUCAUGAGACCAUAUUUGAAAAACAUGUUUUGUUCUUUUUGUUUGGAGAUCCCACAGAUGACUGUUAUGACUGUGUCCCGGGAGAUAGCAGUUUUAGGUGCUCCAUCAGAAAUGUGGGCAGAGACCCCAUGUUUUUAACUAUAUUAGCAUUUGGUUCUUAGAAAUUGGACAAAUAAGGGAUCAGAAAAAGUGGAUCCAGUGUAUUUUAGGAAAUAAAAGACUUGUCUAUUUGCUUUAAGGGAUUAGAUGCUUAAAUGUCUGAAGUGAUUUAGUGUAAGAUGACAGAUUUCACGUUUACAGAGCAGUAAUAACGUUAGCAGUUUGUGCUCCCCUAUGGCCUUAAAAUUUGAGGGAUUUCUUUUGCAUGUCAGAUUAAUCCAGCCUUUUUACCCAGUAUGUUAAAAACCUAAGCGAACCACUUAACUAUGUUCUCUGAAGCGGUUAUGCUGUCGUACAUGAACACUAACCUCUCUUGUUGAGCUGUGGAUUUUAAAGACAUUAAGAUCACUGACAGAUCACCACUGUGUUGCCUCAGAUACUGCAUGCCCUCUUUGCUUUUUAACCGGUGUGCUGUUCCAAGUGUGUUUUGUACUACAUCAAUAAAAUGUUUCCUGUUUCCUAAA